UAGUUUAUGGGCAAGGUGAAGCAUCGCAGAAUCUUUUUUGGAGUAAUAAAAAAUCCAGAAAUUAGAGAGGAGGAAAGAUAGAGACAAGAUAAGUGGUAACAGACAGCCAUGGUGUACCUUGUAAUGGAAGCUUUGUUCGUCUCAUUUCAUUUCCUUUACUCUCUCUCUCUCUCUAUCUCUAAAUCUUCCUUGAAAAAAUGGCCCAUCGGCCUUCUUUACCAGAUCCGAAUUUCCUACUUUAUCCGCUUUCCGCGUCCGAUUUCCUUUUCCAUGUAAUUCCUCACCCAAUGUCCUCCACUUCCCCCUGAUUUCUCCUCCAUGCCUCCUCUCUGUUUCUUCUUUUACUUCACCUUCCAUUCUCUAAACCAGGCUCUUGAAGUUUGUAUGGUCAAGCUGAGUUUCGUGGUACUAAAUGGUGUGAACGGUGUCAUUUCAAUGUGAGAUUUUGUCUCCAUUUGGAUGUGCUUUUGGCAAGGAACUCUGCCUGAGGGUUCUGGCAACUAUCCAAACUUUUAUUUCAGUGGGGAUCUAAAAGGAGUUGUUGGUGGCUGUAUAUGGCCUCAAACCAGUGAGGAUAAAAUGCUGAACGGUGGACAUAGCUCCAAAGCUUUCUUGUCACCACUGUCAGCUGGUCUGUAUUUUGAAUGUGGUCGAGAUGCGUUAAAGCAGAUAAUGCUUAUGCAAGAAGCGACGUUUCGGGAUCAGAUUUACGAACUUCAUCGCCUUUACAAAAGACAGAGUGAGUUCAUAGCUGAGAUGAAGAGGGAAUCAAAUAAGCAUGAUGUAUGCAUCACGACAACUCGGUCUGAUUUUUAUAAGUCUCGGGUCGAUGCAUUGUGUGCUCAGGAUGCACACAACUUCCCUGCAUACAGUCAAUUAUUUAUUUAUGGGGAACAAAAGAGCUCACUACAUUCAAGUUUUGGGAAGAACAUUCAAACAGGUUCUGACACCCCUUCGAACGGAAUCUUUUCGAAGACUCCUUAUUUUUCGGAAUCUAAGAGCAAAAUUUUGGGAAAUGGGAUGUUUGAUCUUGAACUUCCAACUGACAGAAAACAAUUGAACAGAAGAGAUGAAUUGACAAAAGUGCCUGAAAUGUCAAGCUUUCAUCUCAAGAGAAUGCCUGAUGUUGUUCAUAUUAGUGAUAAACCUCUUCUUUCCAAGCAUGAUUUGAAUGCUUCAUUACAUAGGGAUUCUUCAACCGCUGAUUCAUUGUUCGAGAAAACAAAGAUCUCGGUCGAUUUAAAUGAUCCUCCUAACAUCGAGGAAGAACCCGGCUGUAGAUCCGUUGGUUUAGAGGAUGCUACUGGCCAUAGGGAGAUCCUUUUCCAUGAUCUCAAUGGCAAAGCCAAUUCAAAAUUUCUUGUUUUCUCAGAGCCAGAUGUCCAUGGAAGGAGAAAUGGACCCUCUAACAAUGGCUAUUCUGAAUCGAUUAGCUUUUAUGACAGAAGCAAAAGAUAUCAACCGGACAAAGAUAUUACAAAUUCUAGUCUGUCAUCAUCCACUGCAUCUAUGACAAAAUCUGUACAAGGUCCCAUAGGAAAUGCAAUGCUUGCUGAAGAUGAUCUCUGUAGUGUUAAGAACUCGAGAUCUCGCACUGGGUCUAGUAGUGUGAACCCCCUUGAAGGAAGCUUCUGUAAUGGCUCCAAGUCCGAGAUCGUGAAAGAAGAAUCAUGCUGCAAGGCUUCUGCAAAUUGGAUCGAAGGUCGAAUUGAUCUCAACGUCUGCAUAAAUGAAGAAUUUUUGGCCGCGCCUUGUUGCUCAACUGAAAUGAAACUGGAGGUACCUGUAAGUCCAGGAAAGGGAAAACAUUCUUCAACUACAGGAGAGUUUGGUGAGAACCAAGUUGGAUCACAUUUUCUAAAGUCAGUUGAAGACGAUGGCGAACCGUUGGAGGAUCUCAACGCGAUUGCAGCAGAAGCUCUGGUUUCUAUUUCAUCAUCUGUGGCUCAAAAUUGUCGAAAAAUCACCGGCUGUCAGUCCGUUCAAGUUUCAUGGGAAUCCUUAUGCUGGUUAGCCGAAAUAGUUUCUUCAAUGGGAGCUGAGCCAGAGAAGGCUGAAGUAGCCAUGAAAUGUAAGGAUGGCAGUGACUCAGAGGAGCUUUUGUCAAAUUGCAUGGAUGACUUUGAGGUCAUGACAUUGAAGUUGAAAGAAACAGUAGAGGAAGAGUGUUCCUUGACAAGAAGUAACCACCAAGAGGAGGCAACAAAAAAUGUUUCUUCACCUUCAUGUCAACUGGGGAAGGGCCGUGCGAGGCGGGGUCAGCGCAAGAACUUUCAGACAGAAAUUCUUCCAAGUCUUACAACUUUGUCGAGGUACGAGGUUACAGAAGAUAUUCAGACAAUUGGAGGCCUGAUGGAAGUCACAAGUUCUCACUCGAUAAACGGUGCAGCGAAAACUCCAAGUAGAGUCGGAACGACAUGGACUAGAGGGAAGAGACGGUUGUGUGAUUCAUCUUCAAAAGUUACAGAGGCUGUGCUAGGGUCGAUCAUGGAUCAAGUAAGCAGUGACAAUGAAGUAGAGAAUAAAGAAAGAAAGGUUGUAGUUUGGGGUAAUAUUACACGGCGGCGGAGGGGACGGAGAUAUCCAGCUUGUACCAGAAAGACUAUUUUAGGACAAGUAUAGUUGGACUAUCAUAUUUGAUCUGUAAAUUUUGCUAAGUUCUAUUCAGCUCUCCAUUUUGAGUCAAUUGUUUGUGCCAUUUCAUACAAAGUUAUACUGGAAAGAAGGAAACCGCCAUUGUAUAUGCAGACAGGUAGUUUCGGUAAAUGAAGUUAUCUCAUGCUGGUUUGGUUUAUGAGUUUCAGUUUA